CCGGCAGAUGUCCUUGCCGGAAACGGAAAAUUUGUGAUGUCACAAUACUAUUGUCAACGCCCAGUUACCAUCACUGUCUCUUGCUAGGGACAGAAAAAUUUUCUUUCUGAAUUGUGGAAGUUAAAGCGGAUUCUCUUCGGCCGCCACGCUGGACCUGGCAUUUUAUCCGUAAGAGAUCCGAGCCAUGCAGACAAUAAAAUGCGUUGUAGUGGGAGAUGGAGCUGUGGGAAAGACCUGUCUCCUUAUAUCAUACACAACAAAUAAAUUCCCUUCUGAAUAUGUGCCCACCGUAUUUGAUAAUUAUGCAGUGACUGUAAUGAUAGGGGGUGAACCCUAUACUUUAGGAUUGUUUGAUACCGCUGGGCAAGAAGAUUAUGAUCGCCUUAGACCUCUAAGUUAUCCACAGACAGAUGUUUUCCUCGUAUGUUUCUCUGUUGUUUCUCCAUCUUCGUUUGAGAAUGUAAAAGAAAAGUGGGUUCCAGAAAUAACUCACCAUUGUCAAAAAACACCUUUCCUACUUGUUGGAACACAGAUUGAUCUAAGAGAUGAUGGAGUUACAGUAGAAAAAUUAGCCAAAAACAAACAGAAGCCCAUAACAUAUGAACAGGGUGAAAAAUUGGCUAAGGAGUUGAAAGCUGUUAAAUAUGUUGAAUGUUCAGCCUUAACUCAGAAAGGCUUGAAGAAUGUAUUUGAUGAAGCAAUACUGGCAGCUCUGGAGCCUCCUGAACCCAAACCCAGACGAAAGUGCCGACUCUUAUAAGACUGAUGCUUUUCUCCAACUCUUGGCUUCUCUUCUCCUCUGGACAUCAUUUAAACAAAUAUAUAUCGCUCUUUUUGUAAUCCAGAGUGCAUUAGUGGAAAACACCUGUGCUAAUCGUACUGGACUUUGUUCUCGUACUGGCGUGUUUUCAGGGUUAAAGGACCAAGACUGAUUAUUAAAAAGUGCCACUGUGUUUCCGUUUCUCUAAGUUAAUGUGUGGAGGAUUUAAAAAUAAAAACAAGAUUUAACUGCUCACACUAUUAUGUAACUCUUUUCUGCAACCUGAUGACGAGGUUGUGACUUCUCGAGAUAGAAGUGAAUUCGUUGCUGACCAAAUGGCGAUUGGUUUAUUUUAUUUGCGUGUUUUUAGAAAAGAGUUUAAUAAUAAUUAAAAAAAAUCAUAAAAGUGAGAACCUAUUAUUAUUAUAUCCUAUUUUUUUGUGCAGAUGCAAUACUUUAGUUUUACUUAGUGUUGUGUAACCUUGUCUUUGUAGCAUAAAUUAUUUUUUAGAUAACCAAAUUUUAUCUUUUAAUUGUGUUUAUGUGUUUCCAUCUAUUUUUUUUUUCUGUAAUUUAAUUCUGAAUCGUGCUAAAAAGUUUGAUUCAUUCAUACCUUUUUUUUAUUGAUAAUGUGCUUUUCUGAGAAAUAUUUUUGGGGUAAUGAAAAAUAAAAGUAAUUCGUGGUAUAGACAUUGACCAACUCGCAUACCAUUUUUUUUCAGAACAGGAAUAUUUAUGUCAACUGUUACUUCCUUUUCUAAUUGUGCAGGAUUUUGCUGCAGUUUGAAAUUUGUAUAGUUUUUAUAACAAGAUAAAGUGUAUGCAACAUUUUGCAAAGUCUGUUCUUUGUAAUUCUGAGAUUAAAUAGCUAAUUGCUUUUUUUUUUUUUUUUUUUUUUUUUUUAAGAGUGUUUGGUUGUAUUUUGCCCAUGAAUUUUGGGGGUAAUAUCAAAGCUUAUAAUUUUGUAAUAUUUAGUAUGGAAGUGAUUAUUUGUAAGUAUUGUACCUGCAAUUAAAAUUUGCUUAAAUGGUGAAUAAUUUUGCUCUCCAAGUAAACAUAUAUCUUUAUUUCCUCGAGGUUAUAUGAUUCAUCUGUUUAAGAAUUUGAAUUUAGAUUAAUAUGAAAUUUGUCUGUAAAAGUCAGUAUAUUAUUUGAUGGUACUAGAAUUCUAUUCUAGGAUCUUACUCCUAUGAAAGAUGUCAAUUAAAAAGUUCAGUUAUUCAUUUCGAGAGCCUUAAAAUACUCUUGCAGAAGAUAAAUUGAAAUAAACGUGAUUUCAAAUAUUUUUCUGAUAAUUGGUACUGUACCUGCAAAUGAUGCUAUUCACUUAAUAUUGCUGUUAUGUUUGGUGUUGGUACUAGAAUUUUUAAAUUAGGUAUUUGGAUGUGAAAAGUGAAUUGGUCAGUGGCUAUUCUGUAUAUUGCCUUUUGUUUAGGCAAGCAUUCAAAAAUAAAAACAUCCAUUCCUCUCUUUUGCCCUAAAAGUGCCUCUGAACAAUUUUUUGAAAGAGUCUGUUGUUGCAAACUAUCGUCAGUGUAGGUUUUUUAGACUGUUGGUUCUAUACAUGCUCAAUAUGAAAUUUCUGUCUACAAUAUAGUUAAUAAUACAGUUUCAACCAUUGUCCUGCUAAAUAUGUACAGUAAAUUUUUCUAAUCCAGAUUCUGGAUGAUCAAGUCAGAAAUCAUUCAGGUAUGCUUUAAAAUCAUCUGUUAUAAAUUUUGCAGGAAAUUUGAUAUCCUGAAUCAUCUAGAAAUUCAUCUGAUUUUAGAAUUUGGCUUUAAAAAAAUAAUAAGUAGCCUUAAAUGUUAUUUUUGGAAGAGGAUGAGUUUCUAUACUUCAUCUGCAUAUUCAAUACCAUCAAUGUUUUUUUUUCUUUUGUGAAGCUUUCAAGUUUUAUAAUAUUGCCUGAUGUAGAUAUUUUGAUUUUUCUUUUUUUAUGUAGGUAACUAUUAUUUCAGUAUAAUACACUAAUAAAAUAAUUAUUUGUAUGAAUAAGAUUUCUUAUGUUUAAACUAUCUACUUCAUUCAGGUUAUUAUUUGGUAACUACCAUGAUUUUUUUUUCUGUACUUAAAAUUAUCUGUCAAUUUCUUUAAAAACUUUUUUAAAAUACCCAAUGCUUGCUGCAGCCUAUUUGUGACUUGUAGUGCUUCUUUUUGUAUGUUUCUUCCUUCUUUUUUUUUAAUUAAGUGUUUGUUUUUGUGUUAAUAAAUCAAAAGAGCACUGUUCAGCACAAUGUGUCUUCCUAAUAGAAUGCUGUUCAGUAUUUAAAGGAAAUAUAAAAAUGUGAAAUAGCUUUCUGCCUGUUUGUGACAUGAAUCAAGACAGCCUGUGCCACAUGUUGAUAUACACUUUAUGUACUGGAUAAAAGCAAUUUUUAAUAAAAAAAUAUAAGUAAAAACCA